AUGGAGGCCUGGGCUUACUCACAAGGUGGCUUAGAGAUGCCUGUCGAAAAGGCCGAACGCUGCAGCAAUCUUGACCCGCAAAAUGUUUGUGUCGUCGUUUUUUCCAGCCGUCGAGAUGAAUUGUGUCUUAGCAAGGAUGGCCAACCCGGUCGGGGGGCCGCCUGUAAUUCGAACGGCCUCUCGUUUCAGCAACAGAUCUCUCGCCCUUCUCAAGAAGAAAAAGUCGAAGAAAAAAUAGAGGAGGAGAAAGCGGAGAAAACUGAGAAAAAGGAGGAGGAGAAAAGAGAUGAGGAGGAAAAAGACGAGAAGGAGGAAUCCAAGGAAAAUAUCAAGGAAAAGGAGAAAAUCGAAGUCCAGCCAGAGGAGUCCGAAGAACGGGAGCCCACCGCUCCAAGAGGGCGUAAGACGGCCAACAGCCAAGGCCGACGAAAAGGCCGGGUCACCCGAUCGAUGACCAACGAAGCCGCCGCGGCGAACGCGGCUGCAGCAGCUGCUGCUGAAGAGCCGCCCCCACCUCUGCCGCCCCCGCCAGAGCCCUGUAAGUUAAAGGGGUGUGUGUGUGUGUCCCGAGAACGGUCCCGUGACCAUCUUGGUCAAUCUUGGUUUGUUGCAACGUGCCUUCUUGCCAAUCCUGUUUCUGGCUGUUCUGACCUAGGAUUCCCCAACA